CCUCCCCACACAUCUACCCACCUACCCCGCACCGCAGCCGCACUCCCAAGGCUGUAAACCUAGGGUAACACUGAUCCAUAUGUGCAAAUAAUUACUCACCGCUGGUGGAACAGACAGGCAUCUCCUUCCUUGUGUCCUCCUCCAAUGUGGCAUUCUUUUUUGCCCGUGUCCGCACACUUUUUCGGCUUUGUUGAGAAGUUUCCAUCAUGCGCCGCGAUCCACUGACAGAAUAAGUUAUCGUCUCACGUUGAUGACGUGUCCAACGCGGGAAAACUUGUUGGUGACGUCCUGAAAGCAGGACUCUUCUAGGACCAAGCUCUUCUUCUCCACAAUGAGCAAAUUCAGCAAACUCAGGCAAUUCAUUUGCAAAGGAAAACCAUUAAAGCUAAUAAAGUGGCUCCAGAAGAGGAAACUCUUAAAACAAAGGAUCAAAUGCAGAAUAUGCAAACGGCAUAUGGAAUUGAGGAAAAGGACCAACAGUAAAGAUCAAUAUGCAUGGGUUUGUCGUGGAGCAGCUCAUUUUGGAAGGGCAAAACAAAUCUCUGUCAGGCACAAGUCUUUUUUCAGUGGUUCAAAGGUUUCCUUCAGCAACUGGCUGCACUUCAUGUACAGGUUUUCUCAGGGUUUACGAUUACGUCAGAUUGACAUGAUGGAAGACAGCAUUGCUGCCAGUUCAGCAACUCUGACUAAAAUGACCAAAAAAAUCAGGAAGGUCUGUGUCACAGCACUUAAAAGGAUGAGAAGGCGUACAGGCCAACGCAUUGGUGGAACAAGGGAGUUUGUUGUGAUAGAUGAGAGCCAUUUCAGACAUAAAAGAAAGUAUGGCAGAGGAAGAAUGGCUGGUGGAUGGAAGAGAAAGAAGUGGGUCUUUGGGAUGUUAGGUGUGAGCCGUCAUCAUGGUGAAACAUCAAUAAGGCCUAUUCUACGUCUUGUAGAAAAAAGAUCUCGAAGAGAUCUCGUCCCCUUGAUUUCCUAUCAUGUGAGGAGAGGAUCAUCAAUCAUCAGCGAUGAGUGGCGUGCAUAUCACAUUCUUCCUGCACUUGGGUACGACCAUCACACUGUCAACCACAGCAGGUGGUAUGUUGACCCCCGCACUGGUGCCCACACCCAACACAUUGAGAGGGCUUGGAGAUCCUACAAAGCGCGUAUCUGUAGACUAAGGGGAAAUCGUACCGAACGUUUGCUUUCUGACCACCUAAUGCUGAUUGAGUGGAAUGAAUGGCUUGCAAAGAAACACCAUGAUGGUGCAUUUGGUAGACUCAUUCAUGACAUAUCAAGAAAGUACAAUUAGGAUUGUAUUUAUUAUACAUCCAUAGUAACCAGUGUCAGUGUUUUUUCUUUUUGUAAAAUGUUACUGUCUUUUACAAAAAUUUUGUUGUUUACAAAUGUUUUUGUACAGCCAGCUUUUAAA